GCGAGUACAGUGUUCAUCUUUCAUUGUUGAUUCGUAUAUAUACAAUAACGUAAUAUAACUCUUUUUCUUUAUAAUUAGCGCUAAUUGAGGCCUGUACUUACCGCGGCAAUAUCUAGCCUUGUGGCAAACUUUUUGCCACAGCAACUCGGCAUUUGCUUCUAGUACUCUGCCUCAGUACACCUGUAUACUUCAGCUCCAGCAGCAGUAAAAUGUUGGUCACCUCUAGUUGCGAUAUCCCUUCAUGGCAGCCCAGAUCCUGGCAUGUUGCCCACAAUUUCUGGCCAUUCCUCAAAUCGAAUAGAUAUCCUCAUGAUUCUGAGCUGACCGCUAUCAAGAACGUUAUUGCUAAUGCGCAAACACAGCUGGAGCUUCUCCGGAAGUUUCGUAGUGGCAUCAUUAGAGACAUGGCAUCGCAGGGGGAACUGUGCGACGAAGAGGCGGAUAUCGAAGCUUUCCUUGUCAUUCACAGAGGAUUUAUCUCCACCAUUCGACGUUUUCCUCGAGAAAUCCUCUGCAUAAUCUUCUGUCACAUCCUUGACAGUAUGGAGGCUCCCAACAUCCUCUCUUACAGGCAGUACCCAUGGGUGCUCGGCCGCGUCUGCAGCGAAUGGAGGAUGAUUUCCAUCGGACUGCCUUCGCUCUGGCGUCGCGUUAACUUCCAGAAUCAUAUGAUCCCACCCACCCAAAAUCCGGAGAAAAUGCUCACUACAUUUCUAGAGCGCUCGGGGAAAUAUCCUCUCGAAAUAGUGAUUGCACUACAAGAUUAUGGGAUGCCACUCUCCGUGUUGUCCAAGUGCAAGACUCUCCUCCAACUUCUCUUAUCGCAGUCACAGCGCUGGGAGUCCCUUACUCUCUCCGAUAAUCCACGAUCUUGUGUAUGGUCCUUUAUCAGUCGUCUAAAAGAUGACCACUUGCCACUACUACGCGAGCUUCAUAUAUCUGUCACUCCUGAGAUGUCCGCACUGGACAUCCAAUUUCCCACCACUUUUCAAAAUUGUCCCCGACUCCAGACUAUUAUGUUGAGUGGUAGAACUGAUUUCGAGCAGGACAUAUCCUACAUACUAAACGGCUUGCCUUGUGCCCAACUGACGCAUCUCAAUUGGAACGUCGUGACCGCCUGCAACAUGCCCUUCAAUGCUCUUCGUCGCAUGCCUAACUUGGUAGAUUUUCGUUGCAGCAACGACGAAUCAAGUCGUUCUUUCGAAAUCGUAAAACCUGUUUCACUUCGGCGUCUUCGCAAUGUCUCUAUUGUGAACCUUUCCAUUCUAAAACAUAUCGAUGCUCCAGCACUUCGCUAUAUCGAAGUCCUAUACCUGUCGCCCCAGCGGCCAGGACGAACCUUUUUCGAGCUAACUGGGAAUUCGUCCUGCCACAUAGAAGAUGCCAAUCUGUCAUCAUUUUCCACUUGCGUAUCCAUUCUAUCCCUUCCGAAGUUUCAGGGCAUUGAAGAAUUAACACAUACUAGACCCUCUGGCCCUUCUGGUAUCAAUCGCCGCACGCAUUUCGCCUACGCCCACGUGACCCUCCCACGUCUUCGAAAGUUGAAUCUUGGCGACCACGAAAUGCUCCGAUGGAUCAGUGCACCCACGCUAGAAGGCCUCCAGGUGAACAAUCUGGACUUCCGCCCCAUUUGCAAGGAAUGGCAGCUUUACAUGUACUGACUCCGACGCUUCUUGUUCGAGACCUGGCGAAUUUGCUCGAACUUCGAGUGUACGAGACUCUGUAUAAUGAAGGUCUCGUCCAAUCUCUGACUAUUCCUGAGGCUCUUCCUGUCCUGCAGCGACUCGCCAUAUCUCUGAUGGUAUCGCCGCAUCAUAGGUAUGACCUCCCUGCUCUCGCCGCUAUGGCCGAAUGCCGUUGGGAUAUUAGCCACCAGCCUGUUACGAUAUCGUUUUCUCCGCAGGACUAUUUAUAUCAAUCGAUUCUACAUGAUGAUGAUGGGGCGCUGGUACGUUGUGCGAUGGAAGCGGGGAAACUGUGUUUAGUUGGGAAGUUGCAAUAGAUACAUAUUCCGUAUAAUAUCCGCGGGCAGUAUGUAUAAUACUAAUUACAACGCUAUUGAUUGAUCCAAGGCG